AUGUUCUCUAUCAUUUCGAGGUCAAUACCUCGGCGUACUCUGGUACAGUCCGCCAGGUACUACUCAAAAAAGCCUCCCGUCCCCCCCUCGCCACCCAAGAAAAAAAUCAAGCCCACCCCACAGCGGCAGCCUGAGACCAAAGCGACUUCAGCCGAGGAACCAACACCGAAGGUGUCCGAGCCUAUUCCAGAGCCAGAGCAGCCAGCUGCUAUCACCGGUGUACCAACACUAGACUUCUCACCUCCGGGGACAGAGCAAGAAUACCAAAGGACGGGUGCACGGUCGUCCAAAGGGUCCUUGUCAUCAAGUGAACGCAAGAGACGGUUCGCGAGCAGGGUUUCGCUUGGAUUACUGGCUCUCGCGUUUGGAGCGGGUGCGGUUUACAUGGGCAGAGAAUGGGAACCUGAAGAGUUGGCGGCGAAAAAGAAGAAAAUAGAGGACGCACCCUCAACGCGUUGGGCGCGGACAAAAGAACGGUUUACAGGCCUAUUUGGUUUCUUCGUUGAACCAGCUUGGCCAGAGCUCCUUCCUCCACCCUAUCCUCCUCCUCACCAGAAACCAUACACACUCCUUCUUUCCAUUGAUGAUUUACUGGUGACUUCAACUUGGGAUCGCAAAAACGGUUGGCGGACGGCGAAACGACCUGGCGUCGAUUAUUUCCUUGCGUAUAUCUCCCAGUUUUACGAAGUUGUUAUCUUCACAACACAACCUUCUUACACUGCCAGCCCCAUUCUCGACAAACUUGACCGAUACAAUUUCUACAUCAACUAUCGCUUGUUCCGUGAAGCUACCCGCACUCUAAAUGGCAAAAUCGUCAAGGAUCUAUCGUACCUGAAUCGUGAUCUAUCCAAGGUCGUCAUGAUUGAUACUGAUCCGGAACAUGUGUCUACACACCCUGAAAACACAAUCAUUCUUCCCAAGUGGAAAGGCGACCCUAAGGACAAAAAUCUCGUGGCAAUGAUUCCUUUCCUAGAGUCCAUUGCUAUCUACAAACCGGGAGAUGUUAGACCAAUUCUUCAGAGAUACGCUGGAAAGGAUAUUCCACUUGAAUAUGGCAAGGUCGAAGCGGAGAUGAAAGCCAAACACAUCGCGGAAUGGCAAGCCAAGCACAAAAAUAGUGCUGGCUCUGGAUUCUCAUUCGGUGCUCUUCUCGGCAUGUCGGACACUCCUCACCGUCCUAAGAAUGUCCCUCCGCCUACUUAUCUGGAACAAAAGCGCGCUGAAGCUCAAGCCCAGUAUCAACUAGAGAUGAAGUAUGUCAACGAUAAUCGCGAGGAACUGGAACGUCUAUUGGAACAGGACCAGAAGGCCAUGCAAGCCCAGGUUCCUGGCUCACUUUGGGAGGCCAUGGACCAACUCAGAGGUAUUGAGCCUCCUAAACCCGCGGCUGACUCUGCCUCGACCGUUCCCACUGCUGCACCCACCACACAGCCUCCUACUCCAACCAAGGCUUGA